UAUUUCUGGUUGGCGGAAGGAAACGAAGUGAACAUUGCGAAACUGAGAAUCCCAACUCAGCGCCAACCUAGACAGACUUGUUCAUUUCUGACGAGAUUUUCCCGGUGGAGAUGCAUUCAUCCACAACCAACACUCCGACUUUUCCUCUCUAAAGAAAGAAGCAGACAAAUGAAUUGAAAUAGAUUGUGAUACAUAAAGAGGCGACCCUGAGCCAACAAGGCUCCCACUUUGUUGUUUUGGUGGGGGGAUAACGUCUAUCGUCCUUGCAAAGAGGUUGUUUCCAUGACUCGAACCCAUGACCUUGGGUUACAAAGAAGCUACCUUUCCGUUGUGCCAAGGUAAGUGAGCCAAAGAAGUGGUCAUUCUUCUGGUUUGAAGAACGUACUCAUCUAUCCUUGGGACCCAACAAAUGUACCAAUAAAUUCAAAAAUGCCCAAGAAGCAGGAGCUCAAAGACAAAAAUAGAAAACAAAAAGCCAUUGGGAAAUAGGAAGUCUUUUAUGGGGAUAUCACAAAUUUAACAAUAACAUUUGUAAGUGAGCCAAAGAAGUGGCCAUUCUUCUGGUUCGAAGAACGUACUCAUCUAUCCUUGGGACCCAACAAAUAUGGGAAAGAAGAACAAGAAGCUCAAGGGUGCUGAAAAUGUUGAAACUAGGUCACGAGCUGCAACCAUAUGGAAUGAUCAAAGGGCAGGUAUAUUCUGUGACUUGUGUAUUAAGGAGGUUCAGGCAGGACAUUGUUCCCGCACUCACUUUAACAAACUUGGAUGGCAAAGUUUGGUUGAGAACUUCAGUAAAGAGACGGGAAAAGAGUGUGACAUCGUACAACUGAAAAAGAAGUGGGAUUCACUUAAAGUUGAAUGGAAAAUGUGGAAGGAGCUGAUUGGAAAGGAAUCUGGUCUGGGGUGGAAUUCCGCCAAGAAUACCAUUGAUGCAUCCAAGGAAUGGUGGCAUGGUAAAAUUCAGCUGCAUUGUGAUUAUGCGAAAUUUCGAAACAAGGGCAUUAAUCCAGAGUUGGAGGAGAAGCUAGAUAGGAUGUUCAUGAACACCACAAUCAACAGGGAUAAUGUCAUUACACUCAAAGGUAGUGGCAAUGCAGAUCAGGCAAUCCCAAUUGUGAUGACCCAAGCCAUAAAAAGGUCAUCAGGGAGGGGGAAACGAAGAAAAGUUGAAGAACCUGAGACUCAAGUUAGAAGGAAAGGAAAGGUAAAAGUUGUCGCUGUAGGUAGGGGGAAGGUGAGAGGUGCUGCAAAAUUGUCACAACAGAAUGACCAACCUGCGGAGUCAGUUGACAGUAGUAGUUCUGUAACACCGAUAUCACAGGGUGGUCCACAUGGCAGUAGCAUUGCCGAAGUGAUGCAAGCAGUUGGAGCUUUACCCGGGGUAGAGACCGGGAGCGAAUUGUGGUUCUUUACAACUCAGUUAUUCCUGUCUGAAGGCAAGAGAGAGAUGUUCGCAUGCAUGAAAGAUCCCGGCAUUAAGCUCCAUUGGCUUAAUUAUGAAUAUGCUGCAAAAUAAGCCGGAUGUAUUUAUAUUAUGAAGUAUGAACAUUGUCAUAUUACGUUGUUAAGAUUACGACCUAAGGCGAGUGGCUGUUAUCUGGAGAACUACCAUACGUUUGGUU